AUCCGGUGCUAUGUGAUGGUACACAUGAUUUAUUAUUAAAAUAUGAUGAAUCACAUGUAUCUAAUCAACAUAAAUAUGGUAUAAUAUAUCAACGUGAAGAUCAACUAACUGAAGAAGAUAUAUUUAGCAAUGAAACACAUAGUAUUGCUAUGGAUAAAUUUCUUGAUUUAAUUGGUACACGUGUUAAACUAAAAGAUUUUCGAGGAUUUCGUGGUGGUCUUGAUGUUAAAUCUGAUCAAACAGGAACUGAAUCAAUUUAUGAACAAUUUCAUAAUCAUGAAAUCAUGUUUCAUGUUAGUACAUUAUUACCACAUUCAAAAAGUGAACGACAACAACUUGAACGUAAACGUCAUAUUGGCAAUGAUAUUGUUGCAAUUGUCUUUCAAGAAACAGACACAAUAUUUAAUCCGGAAUGUAUAGCUUCGCAAUUCUUACAUGUUUAUCUUGUUGUUACACCAUUAGAUUCAAAUGGUACACAAUUUAAAGUUUCUGUUAUACAACGUGAUAGUGUACCAUCAUUUGGACCAAAUUCAAAUCUUUCAACAACAUUUCAUUGUGAUCAAAUAUUUAAACAAUGGAUAUUAACAAAAUUAAUUAAUGCUGAAAUGGCAUCAUGUCGUGCAAGUACAAUUCAAAAAUAUCAUGAACGUACAAAAAUGAGUUUAUUCGAAAAUUUAUAUCGUACAUUACAUGAUAAUAAUCGUCCAUUAAUGAAUUUUAUUCUCAAUCAUAGUCAAUAUAAACAUGAAUGUGAAAUUGAACAACAACAAAAAGAAGAAAUACAAAAUAAUUCUACAACCAAAUCAUCUGAUCGUCAUACUGAUAGUUCAUUACUUGGUUCUGUUCGACGUCGUCUUAUUGCACCUAAAUUACGUAUACAAAAUUCCUCACAUGUUGAUAAUGGAAAAGGUUCAUCAUCAGUAUCAUCAUCUCCCGCUACAACUAUUAUUGUAACAACACCACCAUCAAAUAAUACAAAUGAUUCACGAGCUAAAGCACGUUCAGUAACAAUGGAUUUACAACGAAGUGCAUCAAGAGAAUCCAUUAUAACAAAUGGUCAUUCAACAACAAAUGGAAAUAAUACAGGAAGAAUGACUUCAUUCUUUUCAUCAUCGAAGAUGAAUAGUCCUCGAUUUGAUAAAUCAAUGACAAGUCGUUCAUUAUUAGAUCACGAUAAUAAUGAUUCAAUAUCAAGUUCACGUUCCAAUACAAAAUUCUUAUCACCUGUAACAUGUCCAUCAUCACCAUGGGCAUCAGGACCAUCGAAUGGUUUUCCAACAUCUCCAUCAAAUGACUUAAAUAUUAACGGAGAUUCAUAUAGUCAUUCAAUACCUACAUUAAAUACAUCAUUUAAUUUCAAUUCGAAAUUAUUAUCAGAUGAUAUUGAUAAUGAUUGUCAUAUGCAAUUAUUACCUGACGAUCUUCAAUCAUCAUCAAAAGAUGAUUUAAUCAAAUUUGUUCUUGCUUUACAACAACAAAAUUCAACAAAAUUAGCUCAAAUGAAUCAAAGUCAUUCAAAUGAAUUAAAACGACUUGAAAUGCAAUUAAUGCAACAACAAAACGUUAUCGAUCGAGAUAGUCCAUAG